GCCGGGAAGCCGAUUUGGUGGUCUGAAUACUUUGGGGACCCACCGGAGGGAGCCCCGUUGCCCUCUCUCCCACCGUCCUCCUUCAGGGCACAACCAGCACACCUGCGAGCCCCCGCACCCCAACGCUCAGGAAACACCUGUCGGGGGGGAGGGACCGGAAACGCGCGUCUUCCGGCGGGCGCCGCCCAACCCGCCGCCCAGCGAGCUGCCAGCUCCGGGCAGUCUACCGGGUCCUGGCCCUUUAAGGCGGGGAGGGGGAGGGUUGCGGCAGCGGCACUCGGGGCGGGGCGAGAGACGCGCGCCCAGAGGGGCCGGAUCCCAAGCCGUCAGUAGUGGUGGGGCCCUCCUCCCGUCGAGGUGUCUGCCCGCUGCGGGGGCGGCCUGAGCGCCGGGACGCUGACUGCACUCCCGGCGUGUGACCCGUCGCACGUGGCUGGGGGUCCCGAAGGGCCCAGUGGACCGCUGCCCGACCCCCACUCCCACAGGUUCCCGGAGCUCCGGGGCCCGCCGGAAGCGUCUUUGAGGGAGCAGAGAGCCGGAUGCAGGUGAGAUGGCCCUGGUGCCCUACGAGGAGACAGCGGGAAUGGGGUUGCAGAAAUUCCACAAACCUCUUGCCACCUUCUCCUUUGCGAACCGCACGAUCCAGAUCCGGCAGGACUGGAGACAGCUGGGAGUGGCCGCGGUUGUUUGGGACGCGGCUGUCGUGCUGUCCACGUAUCUGGAGAUGGGCGCUGUGGAGCUCAGGGGCUGCCGCGCGGUGGAGCUGGGCGCCGGCACCGGGCUGGUGGGCAUAGUGGCUGCCCUGCUGGGUGCUCAUGUAACGAUCACGGAUCGAAAAGUAGCAUUAGAAUUUCUUAAAUCAAAUGUUCAAGCCAACUUACCCCCCCAUAUCCAGCCCAAAGCUGUUGUUAAGGAGCUGACUUGGGGACAGGAUUUGGGGAGUUAUUCACCUGGAGAAUUUGACCUGAUACUUGGAGCUGAUAUCAUAUAUUUAGAAGAAACAUUCACAGAUCUUCUUCAGACUUUGGAACAUCUCUGUAGCGACCGCUCCGUGAUUCUUUUAGCUUGCCGAAUUCGCUAUGAACGGGAUAACAACUUCUUAGCCACGCUGGAGAGGCAGUUUACUGUGAGUAAGGUUCACUAUGAUCCUGCCAAAGACGUUCAUAUUUACAAAGCACAGAAGAGACACCAGAGGGAGGACUUGUAGCUGGCUGCAAUGCAGAAGAGUGUUGUUAUUGGGUGUGUCAACUAAGGUCUUGGCCUGGGAAUUGAACCACACUUGAUGAGAUGGCUCCUGAACAAAAAGUCUAACCAACACAUGCCAUUUGGAAACAGCGCAGCACCCUGUCCCACUGCUGUGGCUCUGUAGUCCUAUUUCACUCUGAAAAAUGCUGACAUUGAAGGAAUGUGCGAGGUACCUGUAUCUCCUCUUGAUGAGCAGUUUUCACUGGUGAGAUGAUGCAGGGCUGUUAGAAAGGGGUCAAAAGCAGCGAGCUGGUUUUGGUGAGGCUAACCUAUGCACAUUAUAUUAAAUACAUUCUGAGAUUCAUGUUGAGCCCAGUGUUCUAAUUUUAUGAUUUUAAAACAGGUUUCAGGUGUAUUUCCUGAGUUGUGAUGCUCUUGAAGUCUUUUGUCUGCCCCAUUUAGGUUUUAAAUACUUCUGGUUACUUGAGAUUAGGAUGUGAGUUCUCUAAGGUCUCAUUUCAUGCCUUUUGCCUUAAUUCACGAUUUAGGUGUAUAAACAAAGAAGUAAAAAUAAAAGUUUAGUUACUUUUUGAAAACACCAUGUGCUGUGCACGGGCCAUCUUCUUCAAGAGCUGUCGCUUCCCCGUGGCACUCCCCUUUCUCAAAUGUAGUUUUUGUAUUUCUUUCCUAGGCCUUCCCCUCCUUCGUAUAAUGCGUAAGGUGACAAUGAGAACAGUUUUAAAUCUUACCCCUUCAUGGGAGGUUAGCUCCCCGAGAGGCCUCUUCCACAUUAUGCUUGUAGUUCCUUAUUCCAUGUCUGGAUUCCCCGGAAGACUGGGAGCUUCUGGAGGCCAGGGCUGCGAGUGCCUCCUCCGGGGUGGCCUCCCUGGGCCAGUGUCUCCUAGCCAAACACGCACUGAGUGAAAAGCAUGCAUUCCAUUUAGAGGGUACUGGUCUUUGGGUUAAAUGAUGGCUACGUUGUUUUGUGAUUGUCUUUGACAGACUUUGUGAAUGAAGACUCUCUCUCUCUCUCUCUCUCUCUCUCACACACACCCCUUUUUUAUUUUUUUAAACAAUGUAAAAGCUUGCCAGUAUAAACAAAUUCAGAUGACAAGAAUUAUAAUUUCAAUAUGGUAGUUGGUACUGGAGAUAGAUCUGUUUUGUAAAACAUUGGAAACAAGACCUCCUUCCUCUUAGCCUUUUAAUGACCAUCUUGGAUGUGAAAAUACCCAAUACAUUACUUUCUACAUAUAUUUUAGAGGUUUUACUUUUAAUAAAGAUGAAUUAUGAAUUAAAAGUUCUGAGCAUUC